CGGGCGAGUCUCUGUGUUUCUGCAGCUCGUCUUCAUUUCAAACCGCGCUUUGUGUUUAGAAAGUACGAGCAGCAGGGCUGGACAACGAGAAAAACCGACCCGACCCCGAGUCGGUGCUUUCAAAACCGAAGCGUCUCCUCUUACACCCUAAUUCAGCUCGGAUCCGUGUGUUUCAGUCCAGCGGCGCAUCGUCGACGCCCCCUGUGUGCAGAUAUGACUUCGCUGGGAAGCAGUGGACAGUCCUCCACAGAAUACACAGUCAGAGUACCCAAGAACACAAACAAGAAGUACAAUGUCAUGGCCUUCAACUCAGGAGACAAGAUCAACUUCUCUACCUGGACACAGGCGAAGAUGGAGCGUGACCUGAGCAAUAAGAGGAUGUUCCAGGACGAGGAAGCUCCGGAAACGGGGGCGGGGAGCGAGUUCGGGAAGAAGCUCCGAGAGGUGUCCCGCAGGAAGAAAUUCGGGAUCGUCCCCCGGGAGUUCAAACUGGAGGACCAGCCCUGGCUGCUCCGGGUCAACGGCAAGUCAGGACGCAAGUUCAAAGGGCAGAAGAAGGGCGGAGUGACGGAUAACGCCUGCUAUUACAUCUUCACUCAGUGUCCCGACGGAGCCUUCGAGGCGUUCCCCGUCCACACCUGGUACAACUUCAGCACUGUGGCCCGACACCGCACCCUGACUGCAGAGGAGGCAGAGGAGGAGUGGGACCGGAGGAACAAGGUAGUGAAUCACUUCAGCAUCAUGCUGCAGCGCAGACUGAAGGACCAGGACAGGGACGAUGGAGAUGAUGAAGAGGAGGACAAGGACAAGGGGAAGGGGAAGGGGAAGGGGAAGGGGAAGAAGAAGAAGGGCAGCGAGCUGAAGAUACACGACCUGGAGGAUGACCUGGAGAUGAGCAGCACCGACGAGAGCAAUGAGAGCGAGGAGGGGGACGGAGACAGCAAGCCCAAGAAGGCGGCAGCGGACGAGAAGAACAAGACGAAGACGAACAAGCCGACGAAGAAGAAGAAGAGGAAGAAGAGCGGCUCUGACAGCGAGGCGAUCGAGGACAGCGACGACGGAGACUUCGAGGGGCUGGAGGUGGAUUACAUGUCAGAGAGCAGCUCUGAAGAGGAUGAAUCAGAGAAGGUGAAACCAAACAAGGGACAGAAUGUGCCUAAAGGGAUCGACGAGGCAUCGGACAGCAGCGAGGAGAGCGAGGAGGAGAAGAAAGAGGAGAAGGAGGAAGAGCAGGAGGAGGAGGAGGAGAACGAGGAGGAGGGCAAGAAGACUCCCAUCCAGCAGGAGAAGAAGAAGAAGAAAGACAGCAGUGAUGACUCGGACUCCUCGGAGGACAGUGAUAUUGAUGGGGAGACGGCCUCAGCACUCUUCAUGUUGAGGAGGAAGACUCCUCCCAAGAGGCCGGGGGGUAAAGGCUCAGCGGGGAGCUCUCGGGCCGGCAGUCGCCCCGGAACACCCUCCCUGGACUCGGGGAGCACCUCGUCCACACUGCGGGCUGCAGCCAGCAAGCUGGAGCAAGGAGGUAAGCGGCAGGGGGGCCCAGACACCCCCGCUGCCAAGAGGCUGAAGAUGGAGCCGAACGCACAGAGCCCCUCCGGGAAAUCAACCCCCCAGCCACCGUCAGGGAAAUGCACCCCCAGCAGCAGCGAUGUUCACCUGACCGAGGAGGCUGUGCGCCGCUACCUCAUCCGGAAGCCCAUGACCACGAAGGACCUGCUGAAGAAGUUCCAGACGAAGCGCACGGGUCUGAGCAGCGAGCAGACUGUGAACGUGCUGGCCCAGAUCCUGAAGAGACUCAACCCGGAACGCAAGAGCAUCGCAGACAAGAUGCACUUCUACAUCAAGCAGUGAGGAGAGGGGAGAGGCUGGAGAAACACCGCGAGACACCCCCCAGCACUGCAGAGCUCCGACCGGGAGCACAAGAGCUGCAGGUUUUUGUAAAAUGCUAAUAAAAAUGAAAUU